CAGCAGACAGGUUUAACAGAGCGUAAUGGAGAUCAUCUAUAGAAAAAUUAAACUUGACGCCAAAAAGAAAACGGAACACUGAUUAUGUGAAACUUGUUGAUGAGAUGCUUUAAUAAUUCAGUUUUACAUUCAGGCAGCUGUUUGUACAGCUUUAGUUGGAUUGGGGGUGGGACCGAGUCUGGCUGUUUUACAACACCGUCUUUAGCUCCAUUUCUUGAAUAGGCCUCAGUUCUACUAAUUCUACUGAUUCGGCCUUGUAAUUCAUAUUAAAGUUUUAUUCUACAGUUUCGUUUUUUCCUGAGACUGAAAAAGAUUCUUUAUUUUCUCGCCGCUUAAUCAGUCAGCUUCUGGACCUGGUGUUGUCUGACAUUGGGUCCAGUUCGGCUGCAGUUUUACUUUAAAAAGGCUGUUCUUAUAAAGGAUAAGUAUAGAUUUCUGCUAAAAUCCAAUCAAACCAACGGACCCAACCUGGCUUAAAUGAGCAACUUUUAAAGGGGAUUCUGAAUUAAUCAGAACUCAGCCUAUUAAACAGGAUAAUAUGAUUUAAAUCUCAAAAUUUAUUUAUUAUUUUUCCCAGUUUCCAUAAGCAAUGCGACCCCUGCUGAUAAAUGCUACUGGGCCUAUCCCAGUUUACACCAGAACUGAAUACUUGACCUACGAAGAUCAGAACCAGUAGACGGACCUGACCUGGAACAGAAAGCCUCACCAGAUGUUUGUUUUCUCUCAGGUGAGGCGCCCACCUGUCCUGGUUCUUCUUCUGUGAUUCAGUCAUGGAGCUGGCGUAUGUGUGCGACUGGGAGAAGCGUCCGAAGAGCACCCACUGUCCGUCCAUCCCACUGGUGAGCUCCUGGUCCUGCAGGAACCUGGUGGCCUUCACCACCGACCUGAAGAACGACGAUGACGACACCAAAGAUGUCAGUCACAUGAUCCACAUCAUUGACACAGAGCAUCCGUGGGACGUAUUCUCCAUCAACUCUGGCCACAGUGAAGUCAUUUCCUGUCUGGAGUGGGACCAAUCAGGCUCCCGCCUGCUGUCGGCGGACGGCGACGGCAGGAUCCGGUGCUGGUCGAUGUCAGAGCACCUGGUGAACAGCUGGGAGAGCGCCCUGAGCAGCUCGGUGGACGGAGACCCCAUCGUGGCGCUGAGUUGGCUGCACAACGGCGUCAAGCUGGCGCUGCAUGUAGAGAUGUCUGGCUCCACCAACUUUGGAGAAAAGUUCUCGCGGGUCAAGUUCUCGCCGUCGCUGACGCUGUUCGGUGGGAAGCCGAUGGAAGGCUGGCUGGCGGUGACGGUCAGCGGCCUGGUGACGGUUUCGCUGCUGAAGCCGGGGGGCGCUCUGCUGACGGCCAGCGAGAGCCUGUGCCGUCUGCGGGGCCGUGUGGCGCUGGCCGACAUUGCCUUCACCGGCGGCGGGAACAUCGUGGUGGCGGCGACCGACGGCAGCAGCUCCUCACCGGUCCAAUUCUACAAGGUGGUGGUGAGCGUGGUGAGCGAGAAGUGCCGCAUCGACACAGAGCUGCUGCCGUCGCUCUUCCUGCGCUGCACCACCGACCCGCUGCGGAGGGACAAAUAUCCGGCCGUCACGCACCUCAAGUUCCUGACCCGGGAGAACUCCGAGCAGGUGCUGCUGUGCGCGUCCAAUCAGAGCGGCAGCAUCGUGGAGUGCUGGUCCCUCAGGAAGGAAGGACUUCCUGUCAACAACAUCUUCCAGCACCGCUCUCCAGUUGUGGGCGAGAAGCAGCCGACCAUCUUGAAGUGGCGCAUCCUGACGACCACCGGUGACCUGGAGCGCGUCUCCGCUGUGGCGCUGCCCAAGCUGCCCAUCUCCAUCUCCAACACUGACCUGAAGGUGGCAUCAGACACCAAGUUCUGCCCCGGCUUGGGUCUGGCCCUGGCAUUCCACGACGGUAGCAUCCAGAUCCUGCACCGCCUGUCCCUCCACACCAUGGGCGUGUUCUAUGGCGCUGCCCAGCGGCCCGGGGACGACGCUGCCAUCAAGCGCCCGCGUACCACUGGCCCCGCCCUCCACUUCAAGGCGCUGCAGUUCUCCUGGACCUCGCUGGCGCUGGCCGGGGUGGACGGCCACGGAAAGCUCCACAUGCUGCGCGUGUCGCCCUCUAUGGGCCAGGUGCUGGACAUGAACACCACACUGCGACACCUGCUGUUCCUGCUGGAGUACUGCAUGGUGACAGGCUAUGACUGGUGGGAUGUGCUGCUGCACGUGCAGCCCAGCAUGGUGCACAACCUGGUGGAGAAGCUGCAUGAGGAGUACAUGCGGCAGAACCAGGCACUGCAGCAGGUUCUGGCCACGCGCAUCGUAGCCGUCAAGGCGUCUCUCUGCAAACUCUCCACGGCGACGGCAGCGCGGGCGUGCGACUUUCACGCCAAGUUGCUGCUCAUCGCUAUCAGCUCCACCCUGAAGUCCCUGCUACGUCCACACGUCCUCAACACGCCGGACAAGAGUCCAGGCGACCGGCUGACUGAGAUCUGCGCCAAGAACACCGACACAGACAUCGAUAAGGUGAUGAUCAACCUGAAGACAGAGGAGUUCGUCCUGGACGGCCCCCCCCUGCAGUCCCUGCAGCAGCUCAUCCAGUGGGUGGGAGACUUCGUCCUCUACCUGCUGGCCAACCUGCCCAACCAGGUGAGCCAGGGCUCGGCGGUGCGGCCUGGGUUCGGCUUCAUGAGAGACGGGGCGUCGCUGGGAAUGCUGCGGGAGAUGCUGGUGAUGAUCCGGAUCUGGGGCCUGCUGAAGCCCGGCUGCCUGCCCACCUUCACCGCCAUGUCGGACAACCAGGACAGCAUGCAGCUGCUGUUCCGGCUGCUCACCAAGCUGUGGCUGUGCUCGCGGGACGACGGCCCCCCCCAGGAACCCGACGAGAGCCUGAUAGACGAGUGCUGCCUGCUGCCCAGUCAGCUGCUGGUUCCCAGUAUGGACUGGCUCCCAGUGAACGACGGCAUCAUCGUGAAGCUGCAAGGGAAGCUGCCGCUGCGGCUGCAGUUUGGGAAAGCCUCGUCGCUGCAGGGGGUGGGAGUCUCCGCCCCCCUGGAUGUGUUCACCAGGAGUCCUGGAGCUCAGAAGAUGGACAACCUGCGCUGCAUUCACAUGGGUGUCAGCCCCACCGAGGAGAGCAAGGCCUGCACUAGGUGUGGCUGCGUGACAAUGCUUCGCUCCCCCAACAAGACGAACGCCAUGAAGCAGUGGGAGCAGCGCUGGAUCAAGAACUGCCUGUGUGGAGGUCUGUGGAGGAGGAUGCCGCCCACCUUCACCUGAACGCACCUGGCCAGGCGUGGCCAGGUAGCCAUGAAGAUGUCUGAAGGAAGCUCCUGCUUCCUCUGUUUGCUGCAGAGAGGCUGCAGCGCCCCCUGUAUUCUGUAAAUAAAACCUGUUUUCUAAUAAAAGCAUCAAACUUCUUCAGCUCCGUCAUCUCAGUGAAGGUUAGGAACGCAGCCAUGCUAGCAGCAGGCGCCAUGCUACUAGCAACAGGGUCUACUAUAUCUAGCAAUGGGGUUAGGCCACCUAGAAAUGUGGUUAGCUGCCUAGCAACAUUGUCUAUCACCUAGCAACGGGCUUAUACACCUAGCAACAGGUCAACCAAACUUAUCAAUGGGGCUAGCCACCUAGCAACAGAGUUGACCACCUAGCAACGACUUACAACACCUGGCAACGGGGUCAAUUACCAGAAUCUACUCCUCCCACUCAAGAGUUCUGCUGUAAGCAGGUCAGCUGGUUCUGGUCCAGAUGAGGCAUCAGACUAGUGUUCCAUAGACUUCCAUAUAAAGCCCAACCCAGCCAACAGGUGGGGGAACCUGGACCACCAUCUUAGAACCACAGACGGAACCAAUACAGAUCUGUUCAGAGCACCAACAGAACCGGGCCGGUCCACACAGAAAGAACUCAACUGGGGGUUUGGGUCAGAACCACCAGAACCGUCAUGUUCUGCUGAUCAGCUGCAGUGUUUCACGGAACAGACGGGGGGCGCUCUUUCUCCUCUCUCUUUUCUGUCUCUUUUCUCUCCCACCCGCACGCGCAGCUCGCCCCCGCCGCGCCGCCGCAUCGCCCGCAGACAGAAAGACGUUCACGGAUCUGCGGAAGCUGCAGAGGAACGUUGUCCGAACCAGAGCCGGAUGGGUUUGGAUCGGAACCAGAGCCAGCAGCAGCCGAACUAACUGGACCGCAGCCAGCAGCUCUGCGGGAACGUACGGUACCGGGAGAGAGACAACCUGAACAGGUCCGGGAUCUAAGGUGAGACCGAACCGUUCUGCUGCGUGCACACGUGUGUUUAUCUGUGCAUGUGCACGCGCUGCAAGCAGAACGUUCCUGGUCCAGAUGAACCGGUUUGCAGGAACACCUGUCUCACCUGCCUGUCUGCCUGUCCGGACGGGUUCUGGGUUCUGAUUGGUCGGAGUGUCGUAGCGCGGGGGAGGAUGAGGAUGAUGAAGCCUCCCGCUCCCUUCGUGUCUAGCUCAGUGAUUACUGAUUGGAUCUGUCCUGCAGAAUCUCUGACCCGGUCCACAGCGCCGCUGAUCCAGAACCAGUGUGGUUGCGGCCGAUCUCACCAGAUCAAACAGUUGAAGGUGGGACCGACGCGGUCCGGUUGGGUCCGGUCUAAACACACAAAGAAGCUGUAGCA